AUGGCGGCUCGGCAGUAUGAGUUCUGCGAUCUCCAACAGAACGGGUUGCAGUGGCAAGAAACCUUGCACAACGACGUACAAGACAUCCCUGAACGAAUAGCCGAGCAAUUGAGCGAGACCACGAGCAAGAUUUACGAUGUGGCCGAAGCCACACACCAUCUCGCUGGCAUACGAGACGACCUCAACCACCUCAAAAUCACGGUCGCCGGAAUGACUCCAUUGGCUAAGGAUCGUCAUGAAGCCUACGAGAAACAGAUUGCUGAACUUCAGGACGUCGUGCAAACACUUCGGAACUCCAUCCACGAACAGCCUGUCCGCAUCAGCGAAAGCUUGCAGCAAUUUGCGGCAGAGGUAGCCGAACAGCAGUACGAACGGCUCCGCACCGAGUUGCGCGACGAUCGCAUGUCCCGAGACGAGCACCGUCAAGAGAUUCGAGAGCUGCAAGGCAUGCUAGUGGGUCUCCGAACGAUGCUUGUACAGCCCGAAGGCAGUAGGGCAUCCACUUCUCAGGCUGCUUCGACUUCGACACCCCGGAGGAUCUUAGUGCCAUCGACGCCUGACAGGCUGCUCGAGGACAUUGUUGCGCAUGAUUACGAUCCCCCUGCCAUGGACUCGGAUCCUGCUCCUCUCGACUCGGCUUCGCAAUGCGGUCAGAGGGUGAUGGGGCACGGACGAGAGGCUGAUGCGCGCCCGGAACAUGCGGCCGACGACGAUGUAGAUUUCACCGACUACGAGGCGCUUCCGAAUGCCCUCAAGCGGACCACCGGGCGCCGUGCGUCGCAGGUCCAGACCCCUCGCGAUCAACAGACGGUCGAACCUCCCCCUUCAGCGCCUGCGCCGAGAAAGUCGGGCCAGGCAGGGGGACGAAAGACGCCAAAGGGUUCGAGAAAGUACGCAAGUACGUCCAAGAAGCGAGCACUGCCUGCCGAACUCGAGGACGGCGAGGACAAGGACCGAUACUUGCAGCACGCCAGUCCAAACAGGCCAGGACGCACGUUCGACUUGGCGGUAGGCUUGCAAGAGGCUGAAGACGAAUGCUCUGAGCAGCAGCAAGCGCCAUCAGCCGAUCCGAAACCAGCCGCGCAGCGAAGUCGAACGAGGCCGGCGGCUGCUAAGGCCCCGAAGCGAGGUAGAGGCAAGCAGAGCGCCAACCAAGCGAAGAUAGCUGAAUCCUUCGAGGGCGCGCCUCGGUAUCAGACCCGAAAGCAGACGCGAGAUCUGCACCUACAGGACAACCUACUUUCGCCUCUGGCAUGA